UUCUCUCUCUACACUCUACACUUUCUCUCUCUACACUCUAAAUUUUCCGACAAGAGAAAAUAUUUAAAAAAGCAAACCAUAUAAAUGAGAACAGGUGGCGCUAAUUUAUUUCACCACACUUCAGUAGCUGUAUCAAGAAUGACAACCGCCGAGGCCACCACCACCGCGAAGGCCACCUUCACGCCGCCGUCCACCGUGCAGCGCUCGCCGUGGCACUCCCCCGUGCCGUACCUCUUCGGCGGCCUGGCCGCCAUGCUGGGUCUCAUCGCCUUCGCCCUCCUCAUCCUCGCCUGCUCCUACUGGAAGCUCUCCGGCACCGACGACGCCGCCGAGAGGGACGUCGAAUCCGGCGGCGCCGCCGCCGCCGGGAAAGGCGACAGCAGCUCCGACGCAAAAUCCCCGCCGGUGUUCGAGGAGAAGUUUUUAGUCAUCAUGGCCGGCGAAGUGAACCCCACUUUCUUGGCCACCCCGGCGUCAAGCAGAACGAACUCUUUCAACGACGGGAAAGCUGACGUCAGCGAAGAGAGAGAAAGUAAUGAAGAAGAAAACAUCAAACAGAAACAUGAAGAAACAAAUAAUGAAGAUGAAUCACAAUUAAGACGAGAUUAAUUAUAAAUUAAUCCAGUGAAAAAAAAUUAAUCAGCUCUGUUAUAUAUUUAAUAGAACUAUGAUUUUUUAUCACUCCUUUUUUUUUUUAAUCCUUUGCUCAAUUUUGUAACCCAGGGGAAUGUAUGUAAAUUUUUCUAAUGAGAUGAAAUGAAUUAAUUAUUAA